UGUUGGAUAAAUAAAAUACGUAAAAAUGUUUACCUUGUCGAAACGACUCAACAAGACGUAUGUAGUACUAGUACAUACAUACAUGCAACUGUUGCUUUUAGUGAACAUUUAGUUUUCAGUAGCAAGUGUUUUUUUGUUAAAUUAUUUUUAAUAGGCAGACAUGUCUUUGUGAUGCACUAAAUAAAAGUUUUGUUGAAAAGAUUUCGUUAAGUAAAUCCUACAUAGUAAAACCACAGCAUCAUAGAGUGAGGGAGAUAGAGAUAAAGUUUUCCUCAACCCAAAUCUUCAACCAAAUUUAAGAAGUGUAGACGGAACGACUUUGUAAUCGUUAUCGUUUAAUUGAGAUGUUCAAAUAGACAAAUUAUACUGUCGCUUUGAGGGCGGCGUAGUAUCUGCCGUGUCGUUAAACCGUAACGAAAUCAGUGUACAAUAAUUGCAGCACUCUGCAACAUUAUUAAAAAUCAUGGAGAUUUAUUCAUCUGAAUUAUUGUGGUUAGUCAUAACUGGAUUUUUCGUUUCGUUCAUUCUUGCUUUUGGAGUUGGUGCGAAUGAUGUAUCUAAUGCAUUCGGAACAUCGGUCGGCUCCGGCGUCCUGACAUUUCGGCAAGCUUGCAUCCUAGCUACCAUUUUUGAGACUUCUGGUGCAGUCUUGUUAGGCUACAAAGUAUCUGACACGAUUCGGAAAGGAAUCAUUGAUGUGAAAGACUAUGAGGGAAGUGAAACUGAGCUGGCACUGGGAAUGUUGUCGGCAUUGGUUGGAAGUGCACUAUGGAUUCUUCUUGCCACCUAUUUUAAACUUCCUGUUUCAACUACACAUUCCAUCGUUGGCUCGACGGUCGGAUUCUCGUUAGUUGCCCGUGGUGCUGUUGGACUCAAUUACAAAGUCUUGGGUACUAUUGCUGCCUCCUGGUUCGUUUCUCCCAUAACUAGUGGAUUCACUUGCGUUGUAAUUCUCACAAUAAUUCGCAAGUGUAUAAUGGAAGCGAGAAAUCCAAUCAGCGCUGGACUAAUUUCCUUGCCCAUCAUUUACGCAUUAACAGUUUUCUUGAAUGUGUUGACCGUUACUCUAAAUGGAUCCAAACUUCUCGGCAUGGAAAAUCUGGUAUUGUGGCAAGUUUUCGCAAUCAGUAUCGGUGCUAUGAUAGUCGUUGCUAUCGUAUGUCAGCUGUUUGUGGUGCCAUGGCAACGGAAGAAAAUCUUAAACAAAGACGACACAGCUGAACCGAAUUUAUUCAGAAAUUCAAUCAGACAAAGUGUUGACUCGAUAGUAACAGUGGCGACUUCCACUGUUUCUAUCAACGCUCCCGUUCUGCAAAAUCCAAAGAUUGAGAGCGACGCAAAAGUUAACAGACUAUUCCAUUUCCUGCAGAUACUCUCUGCGAUAUUCACCAGUUUCGCGCAUGGCGGAAGUGAUGUUAGCAAUGCAAUCGGUCCAUUGAUCGCCAUAUGGAUGAUUUACAAGGAUGGAUCUGUUCUACAAAAGGCUGAAUCACCAAUUUUACUUUUGCUCUAUGGUGCCGUUGGAAUGUGCGUCGGAUUGUGGGUAUUAGGGAAACGUGUUAACGACACAGUCGGACAUAAACUUACAAAAAUUCGUCCAACUACAGGAUUUUCAGUGGAAAUUAGUGCAGCAAUGACCGUACUGUUGGCCAGUAAACUGGGUAUUCCCAUUUCAAGUACACAUUGUAUUGUUGGUGGUAUUGUUGCAUCUGGUUGGAUCUAUGGUCGAGUCGAAGGGAACGUAGAGCAAACAGUGGACUGGUCACUAUUUCGGUCGAUUAUUUAUGCUUGGGUGAUAACAGUGCCGGCAGCUGGUUCAUGUAGCGCUCUCUUAAUGUUAAUUUUUAAAUAUUCGUUAAUUUCCUGACGAGAGGUAAAGAGAACGUUCGCGCAUUUCAUCUUAAGCCUUUAAUUUAUUGUAAAAAUUAACAUUUAGCGAUAUCAAACGAAGUGCCUGUCUCGUCUGUAUGAGCAUAUUGUUAUCAAUAAAAACGAAAUUCAAUUUC